AUGUGCUACUACAACAACUACUAUGGAGGCCUGGGCUGUGGAUUUGGAGGCCUGGGCUACGGUUAUGGUGGCCUGGGCUACAGCUAUGGCUCUGGAUUCGGUGGAUAUGGAUACAGGUCCUAUUGUCCGUGCUGCUAUGGAAGAUACUGGUCUUCUGGCUACUACUGA